GGCCACCUCCGCUGGGAUGAGAGGGGCCCAGCAACUGCUGGUGAAGCACUCGGAGUCAGGACCUGACAGCGGACGGACCCAUGAACCCUCCAUCUCCGCUGGAAGAGGAGGACGACCGUCUUGCUCACCAGCCAGCGGAGCCACAGCAGAGCAGGAGCAGGAGCGGCAGCAUGAAGCGGGCGAGCCUCCCGGAGGAGAACGGCUUCAGCGAGCCCAUAGCCACCGGGCAGCAUGAGCUCCCGGCCGGGGGCUGCGGGAAGAAACGCCGCUGGCUUCAGCGCCUGAUACCGGACAACUUCUGGGAGGACGCAAAGAAGCUGCUGAUACUGGCAGGGCCGCUGAUCCUGAUCCAGCUGAUGAUUUUCCUGAUACACCUCGUCAGCUCCAUAUUCUGCGGCCACCUGGGCAAGGUCGAGCUGGCCUCCGUCACGCUGGCCAUCGCGGUUAUAAAUGUUACUGCCAUCUCUGUAGGAUACGGUUUGUCUUCAGCAUGUGACACCUUGAUAUCACAGACUUAUGGCAGCAAGAACCUGCUGCGCGUGGGGGUGAUCCUGCAGCGUGCCAUCCUCAUCCUCCUGCUCUGCUGCUUCCCCUGCUGCGCCAUCCUCAUCAACAUCGAGCAGCUUCUGCUCCUCCUCCACCAGGACCCCGAGGUCUCCAGGUUAACCCAGCUCUACGUGAUGGCGUUUGUCCCCGCUCUCCCGGCGGUUUUUCUGUACAACCUGGAGACAAGGUACCUGCAGAACCAGAUGAUCAUGUGGCCCCUGGUGCUGAGCGGGAUCGUCGGCAACAUCGUCAACGUGAUCGCCAACUGCAUCUUCCUCUACGUGUUCCACCUGGGAAUCUCGGGCUCUGCCUGGGCCAACACUGUUGCUCAGUAUUCUCAAACCAUUUUCUUGUUCCUGUAUAUUGUAGGCAAGAAGCUCCACGUGAAGACGUGGGGAGGCUGGUCCAGCGAGUGCCUGCUGGAGUGGGACAGCUUCACCUCCUUGGCCAUCCCCAGCAUGCUCAUGAUGUGCAUCGAGUGGUGGACCUACGAAAUCGGGAGUUUCUUGAUAGGGCUGCUGAGCGUGGUGGAGCUCUCGGCGCAGUCCAUCAUCUAUGAGGUGUCCGUUGUCGCCUUCAUGAUCCCCCUGGGGCUCGGCACGGCUGCCAGCGUGCAGGUGGGGAACGCGCUGGGCGCCGGCGACGUCGAGACGUCCAAGAGGGCCUCGUCCACCAGCCUGCUCUGCACAGGGUUCUUUUGCGUAGCCAUGGGGGCUAUUUUAGCUGCCUCAAAGGACGUGCUGGGAUAUAUCUUUACCAGCGACAAGGAGAUUGUUGACUUGGUGGCCUGGGUCCUGCCUGUCUACGUCGUCUUCCAUUUGUUUGAAGCCAUGUGUGGUGCCUGCAGUGGGGUGCUCAGAGGCAUAGGCAAGCAGAAAUUCGGCGCCAUCCUCAACGCCGUGAGCUACUACGGUGUGGGCCUGCCCCUGGCAGUCGUGCUGCUCUUCGUGGCCAGGAUUGGUGUCAUAGGGCUGUGGCUCAGCAUGCUGGUCUGCGUCUCCAUGCUCUGCACCUGCUUCAUCGUCUACAUCUCCCGCAUGGACUGGAGGAAGGCUGCCGAGGAGGCUCAGCACCGUGCAGGAGUGACCCCGCUGCCACCAGAGGAGCCACACCCAGGCCCCGAACCCCCCAGCAAGGCGCUGCCCUCCGGUACAGGACCAACCCCACCGCCCCACGCUCACCUCCCAGCCGCUGCAGUGCGGGGCUGCGUAGCGGGGGUGGAAGCGCAGAACGGCGUGGUGCUCACAGCCAUCACCAGGCUGGAGGGAGCCACCUUCCAGCCGGAGCCCCAGGGAGAGCCACCGGGCAGCACCAUGUCCACCAAGGAGCUAAUCGUCCGGCGCGGGCUGGCAGUGGCUGCAGCCAUCACCGUGCUUGCGCUUGGCAUCGUAAUAAAGGUCAUGACCAGCAACCACUGACUUGCACCUGGGACUCCAGGGACUUUGGGGACGGAGGCCCCUCCUGACUGACGGAUGCACAAAGCACAGACCAGCCAGCAAAAGGAUCCAGCACCCGCGUGUCCCAUCAGAGCAGAUGCGUUCAGCCUUUGGCAGCAUCUCAUCAGAUCCUGCUUGGGGCCAGGCCCUACAGCUGCUCCAACACCCAAAAUGUUGCUCUGGGCUGCCCGACACGCACCGAGCAUGCGGGUAGCCCUUUCCCUGCCCACGCUGCCAACUGCUGCCUGCUGACCAGAGCUGCACAGCCCGGCUCACGCUGCUGCUCUGAAAAAUGCCAAAUAAAGAAUAAACCCA